AUGGGUCAAUCAUUCUAUGAAAAAGAACAAAAGAAAAUCAAAUCAAUUAUCAAAUUACCAUUAUUAGAAUUGGUUUUGAAAUUCUUGCCACAUUUACAACCAACAGUACAAGAGAAAGAUGAUACAUGGGAAAUAGUCGCCAUUGAAUUAACCAAUUUACAAUAUUCGAAAAUCUUAUCUUCUUCUUCAUCGUCAUCAUCAGCAGCAUCAUCGUCGUUAGCAACGGCGUCAGGAGGACAGAGAGGCGAAAAGCCCAUUUCAAUACUACAGCGUACAAAACUACUUGCGGGACAAAAACCAUCGAGCAAAGUCGUUGAAGAACUUGAAUCUAUGCCUGAAUUAAAUGGGAUUUAUGUACGUGAUUAUUUUGAGGAAUUAUUCAACAAGUUUAAAUCUGAUUUUCAAUUUUCGAUUGCUAUGAAUCGACCAGAUACUUUGGAUGGAUCUAGAUCGGGUAAUUUUAUGAUGGCAAACAUUAUUAAAGAUAGAAGUGAUGCAUUGUUAUAUGAAUUAUAUCGUUUGGAAUUUAAAGAUAUUGAGUUGAUUUCUAAAUUGAGUCAAGAGCAUUUAGAAAAUAAAUUGCGAAAACAAUUGAACAAAUUAUACAAAAUACCAAGUCAUAGUCAAUUCCAUGAUGAUGACAAACGACAAGAUGGCCAUGGGGACGACAACGACGAGGAAGUCAAAGAUGGGAAAUACGACGCUAUUUUUGACUCACAAGAAUUACUAGAAAAAUACAAAACUGGUCUGGUCAACAAUAAGAAUCAAAUGUUACAAGAUGAAAUAAGUAAAAAAGACAAAAAGUUGGAACAGUUAAAAGUUGAAAAUCAACGAUUAUUAGAGUUAAAUCAUGAGUUAUUGGAACAAAUGAAUGGCGGCAAUAGGAACAGUAUUGGACAACGUUAG